AUGCUUCACUCCAUUUGCUUUAUCUUUUGUGUGUGUGCUUUCAGGCACAGUCUAUGUAUAUGCACAUGCACACACGGCGGCACACAAUUUUUUGUUAGCCACUUGAGGGCCAUCUUAUAAAAAGCAUCUAAACUUAACCACAAGCUACUUCAUAGAAUAUGAUUAGGUCCAGUAUCAGUUUAUUUCUUGAAAUUUUUUUUCCAUGUCACAUGUGGUUGACACAGUUGAGAUAUAUUCUUUCGUUAACAGUUGAAGAAACACAGUCUGAAACAAGGUCUUAGACUCCCAGCUGCCUCUAAAGUCAGUGACUGCUGGAUCUCCAAACAUCAAGUCCAGCUUUGUUCGCCAACCUGUCUGACAUGUCGGGACCCGUGCCAAGCAGGGCCAGAGUUUACACAGAUGUUAAUACGCACAGACCCCGGGAAUACUGGGAUUAUGAGUCACAUGUGGUGGAAUGGGGAAACCAAGAUGACUACCAGCUGGUUCGAAAAUUAGGCCGGGGUAAAUACAGUGAAGUAUUUGAAGCCAUCAACAUCACAAAUAAUGAAAAAGUCGUUGUUAAAAUUCUCAAGCCAGUAAAGAAGAAGAAAAUCAAGCGUGAAAUAAAGAUUUUGGAAAAUUUGCGAGGCGGUCCCAACAUCAUCACGCUGGCAGACAUUGUAAAAGACCCUGUGUCAAGAACACCUGCCUUGGUUUUUGAACAUGUAAACAACACAGACUUUAAGCAAUUGUACCAGACGUUAACAGACUAUGAUAUUCGAUUUUACAUGUAUGAGAUUCUGAAGGCCCUGGAUUAUUGUCACAGCAUGGGAAUUAUGCACAGAGAUGUGAAGCCCCAUAAUGUCAUGAUUGACCAUGAGCACAGAAAGCUACGACUGAUAGAUUGGGGUUUGGCUGAGUUUUACCAUCCUGGCCAAGAAUAUAAUGUCCGAGUUGCUUCCCGAUAUUUCAAAGGUCCUGAGCUGCUUGUAGACUAUCAGAUGUAUGAUUAUAGUUUGGAUAUGUGGAGUUUGGGUUGUAUGCUGGCAAGUAUGAUCUUCCGGAAGGAGCCAUUUUUCCAUGGACAUGACAAUUAUGACCAGUUGGUGAGGAUAGCCAAGGUUCUGGGGACAGAAGAUUUAUAUGACUAUAUUGACAAAUACAACAUCGAAUUAGAUCCACGUUUCAAUGAUAUCUUGGGCAGACACUCACGUAAGCGAUGGGAACGCUUUGUCCACAGUGAAAACCAGCACCUUGUCAGCCCUGAGGCCUUGGAUUUCCUGGACAAGCUACUGCGAUAUGACCACCAGUCGCGACUCACCGCAAGAGAGGCCAUGGAGCACCCCUAUUUCUACACCGUUGUGAAGGACCAGGCUCGGAUGGGUUCAUCUAGCAUGGGAGGGGGCAGUACGCCUGUCAGCAGCGCCAACAUGAUGUCAGGGAUUUCUUCAGUGCCAACCCCUUCACCCCUUGGACCUCUGGCAGGAUCACCAGUGAUUGCUGCUGCCAACCCCCUUGGGAUGCCUGUUCCAGCAGCUGCUGGCGCUCAGCAGUAAUGGCCCCUUCUGUCUCCUGAUAACCUGAGCAGAGGUGGGGGAGUCCACCCCUCCCCUUGAUGCAGCUUGCGCCUGGCAGGGAGGGGUGAAACACUUCAGAAGCACCGUGUCUGAACCGUUGCUUGUGGAUUUAUAGUAGUUCAGUCAUAAAAAAAAAAAAUUAUAAUAGGCUGAUUUUUUUUUUUUUUUUUUUUUUUAACUCGAACUUUCAUAACUCAGGGGAUUCCCUGAAAAAUUACCUGCAGGUGGAAUAUUUCAUGGACAAAUUUUUUUCUCCCCUUCCAAAUUGAGUUCCUCAUCACUAAAGAACAAAGAUGAACCAGCCUCAAUCCCAGCUGCUGCAUUUGGGGGGAGAUUUCUUUCCAUUCCCCCUAUUGCUCCCCCACCAGCCCACACUUUGGGGGUUUGUAUCUUGUGCUCUUCUCCAGAGAUUACCAAAAUGUAGCUUCUCGAAGGAGGCAAGAAGGAAGGAAACGAGGAAGAGAGGACCCAAGCUAUAAGAGCACUGUACUGCUAGUCACUUAUAUCGCUUUACUCCUGAAGUGCUUCAGUGGGGUUAGCCUGGUGAAUCUAGUGGAAACAUGUCUUAGUUACAUUAAGAUGUUGAAAAUCUAGCCAGAGUACAGACAGAUCCUAAAAACUUCUGUUCUUUAUGAAUCAUGUCUUAUUUCCCUACGUCUAAAUCCAGCUCACUUAUAAUUUUAGUUUCAAAGUUUAGUUUAAAAUUUUAAUAUCUUCCAGGCUCUUGGCCCUCUUGCCUUUCAUCUCCCAACACACUGUGCUCUAUAGCUGGUAGGAGAGAAGGCAAAAUCUUCUUCAGUUUUCUUUGACUUGGCCAUUUUAAAUUCACUUAGUUACCAGGCAUAACUCUUUGCUUUUUACAGAAGAAACAUACUGUCUAUGUAAGUUUCAUGCUAGCAAGUCUUUAAGAGGUAGAGGGAGAUGUGGCCACACUGAGUUUCAUUUUAAGCUUCUACCUUCUUUUCCUCCUACCUUCCCCUUCCCUCACAUGCCAUCCAGUGAGAAGACUUGUAAAUUGUGACCUGAGAGGCAGGAGCAGAGCCACUAUCUCCAUUGAAGCUGAAAUGGUAGACUUGUAAUUGUGGGAAAACUAAACUCUAUCUUGUUGCAGCCCUGCCACCCCUUGCUGUGUGUAUAUAUAUAAUACUUUGUCCUCCAUAUGUGAAAGAUCCAGUGUUGGAAUUCUUUGGUGUAAAUAAACGUUUGGUUUUAUUUAUCAA